UAGACAAUUAAAGUGACGCUUAGGAGCAGACUCGUGGCUGAGCCAGCUUCUUAUGAGCUAAUUUGAUCUCUUAAUUUCUCACAAAAUUACAAUACAGAUCUGUCCAGUCAUAGGACAUUAUGAUGAUCACUUGACUGACACUUAAACUCCUGCGUUGUUGAUGUGGCCAUGAAGUCCGUCAGAAACCUGUCUUGUCUCGCCUUCUGUCUGAGUAUACUGCUGGCAGUGUGUCUACUCGGCUCAGCUGCCUCUGACAGUAACAGUCUGUGGGGUAAGAAACUGAAGUUCAUAGGUCGUCCUUGUUUGUGGCAGCUACACCCAAACACUGCCGUACCAGCCCUUAAUGAGCUGACUGUAUGCAUACUUUUACGCCUCGAGCUUUUAACAGAAUGGACAGGUUUUGACUACAAAGCACCAGGGCAAAGAAGCAUAGAGCUGGGACUUCAGGGCAAAGGUCAAAAGGGAUCAGUAUGGCUGUUUGGAAGAAAAGUACCCUUGACAAAGGAACUCAAAUCAGACAAAUGGUACUCUGUUUGUGUCACCUGGUCCGGACGAGCUCAGAGGCUACGAGUCUACAUCGAUGGAGACAAGGAGCUUGAGGUUUCUGUGGCUCCCCUCUCGCCCCAACAUCUGGCCCCAAAUGGCACUCUCACUCUGGGGGUGUCUCAUUAUGUAUUAAACAGUGAGGUGCAGGAGGAGGAUGGGAAGGGUCUGUUUGGCGACAUUGGUCUGUUCAGGAUGUGGGCGAGAGAACGGAGCGCCGAGGAAAUUAGAAAAUAA